UUUUUAUAUAGUGGGAAAAAUUAUUUAGUAGGGACAGUUAUGUAUGGUAACACCUAGUCAAAUUAAUUUUUCAGUCCUGUGGUGUUCGUGAUGAGAAAUUGCGGUCGACAGUAUUGCACGUUUAUAUGUCAAAAAAUGAUAGUUUUGUAAAAAUUAGUGCCGAUUUUUUAUAAAAAGCAUAUUGUUACCGUUUUACUCUUUUAAUGUACAUUUGGCUUCAUAUUAAGCAAGUGUUGUGAGAGAUUCAAUAGAUAUUUGAUAUAAAUCAGUGGUAUUAUUUUCAAUUGAUGAGUAAAUAAUUGUGGUUCGUUUGAAUUAUAAAAUAAAAUCAAAUAUUGUUUAAAAAGUGAUGUGCUUAGUUCUAUAAGUGUAUUAUAAAAGCGUGUUAAUACAAAAAAAUUAUACAAAAUAACCAGGAAAGAAACACAUAAAAACUUGUCUUCUUAAUUACAGAGAAUUAUUAACAAUAGUGGUAACAUGUAUCGCGGUGGACGUAUGUGGGGAAUGUCACAUUCAUUACCGUCCGGGAUGGAUGCAGAUUUCACAUCAUCAUAUCCAGGUACAAACUCGCGUAGAGUCUACAAUGAUUUUUCAGGAGGCGGUGGCAGUGGUAGCACGAUGAGCUCUGUGGGAAACAUGGUGCCUGCUGCAAGUACCAACUCUUUAAGCUGUGCUGAUGUAUCCAAUGCGGGUGGCGUGAAUGGAACCAACUUAAUUGUGAAUUAUUUGCCACAAGAUAUGACAGAUCGUGAACUUUAUGCUUUGUUUAGGACUAUCGGUCCUGUUAAUACUUGCAGAAUAAUGAGAGACUUUAAGGUAAAUUUUAAAGAACUUAUCUAACAAUGGUGCGACCAG